ACUUGCUUUCUAAUUCUUUUGCCCUUGAAGCCCCUUUUCCUUUCCGUUUUUCAUGCUUGGCGUGCCAUGACCAAAGAAUCCAAAACCUGAAGUCUCCUCAUAAGUCACUCCCCACACCAUCACUCACACCCCCUUCGCGUCACCACUCGCUCCUGUCUCUCAUUUCCUCUCUUCUAUCUCUCCUCACUAACAAAAAUGGAUAUUAACUUAACCCUAACUCUCUCCGUCCUCUUCUUCACAUCCGUACUUGCCAAUCUUCCUAGCUUGGCCACGUCGGACGACGAGUGCCCUUAUCCUUGUUAUCCUCCUCCCACGGGGACCGGUACCCCAACAGUACUGAAAACACCGCCGUCUCCUCCAUCUCAGUCAGCAGGAUCAUACGCGCCUCCUGGAUACCCUUCUCCGGCUGGGAAUUUACCGUUCUACCCUCCUCCACCUUUUGGCAACAACUUGUAUGGUCUUCCACCUCCCGACCCUAUCUUGCCUUAUUUCCCGUUCUACUACAGGAAGCCUCCUCAUCAAACUGACGCGUCUGUGGCAACCAAUAGUCUUCCAACUCUCAUGAUGGCCGCAUCUAAUAUUCUUGCUUUUGCUUUUCUGCAUCUCGUUUUUGGUUGAUGAAGUGAGUGAAGAAUUAAUCUUUAUGUAAUUUUAUCGCCAUCUGUGCUGAUAAAUUUAUAAUUAGGCUUAAUUAAUUAGUUGGCAAUGUUUGAAUUUAUGUCUUGCAAGGAGGAGAAAAAGCAUCACCAGUUUGCUAUGUUUUCUUUCUUUACCAGCUGUAGAGAACCAUUAGCUAGAAUUUAAUUGCAAGAUAAUUGUUUAGUUAUUCGUUUCCUAUUAUUUGUUACUUGUCCUUUAAGAUGCUUUUGUAUGUUAUAAUGAAGGAAAAUAGGAAAUUGUAUUUA